AACAGAUGUGCCCAUUGGUGACACUGCGUCGUAACCAUACCUUUUAAAAUUGCAGCUGGGAGCAGGUGCUCCUUUCCUAAGCAGCUCACAGGUCGGGGGUGGAUGAAUUAGGCCUGUGUGGAGAAACUUUGGCUGCCUUCUCCUCUCGCAUGCAAGAAUGUCGAAGGAAACUUUCACGUUCACUUCUUCCACCCUUCGCUCCUUGCGUCUGCAGCAAGAAAUGCUGGAAUGGGAAGACCGGCGGAGAGCUGCGUCUCGCCAGUCUGUGAGUCGGAGGUACCAGCCUAGUUUGGGGAGCCUCUCUGCACUCCCCAAACCUGCACGACGCCCACAGUAUUGCCGGGAUCCUGCUGUUCACAAUGCCCUGUACACAGGAGACCUUCCAAGAGUCCGGAGCAUUUUUAAGGAUGAAUCUACUGCUAACUUGAUUGUAGAGACCCUCAGUGAGGAGCUGGUGUGGUCUGCCGAAAUGGGGCUGUGGGUGCUGACCCCCCAGAAGAAGCACACUUCUCCAUUGUGCAUCACAGCGGCCAGAGGCUACCAGGAUUGUGUGAAGCACCUGCUGCUGCAAGGGGCCGAGGUUGAUGCUGUCGUUGGUGGGAAAGCCGCCAUUCACGAAAGCUGUGCCAACCACCGCGCAGAGUGCACCCGCUUGCUCCUGAGCUACAGCGCAAACCCCAACCUUCUUUCGGAGGAUGGACUGGCCCCUCUGCAUCUCUGCACCACUCAGGAGUCUUUGCCAUGCGCCCAGCUGCUCCUGGAGUAUGGAGCUCUGGUCAACCAGAAUACAAGAGACCACCGUGCUUCCCCAUUGCACGUGGCUGCAAAGCACGGCCUGGACGACCACACGAAGCUCUACCUCUGCUAUGGAGCAAAGGUUGCCCACAGGAACCGAGAGGGAGAGACAGCCCUCAACACGGCCUGUGCCAAUGCAGACAGGCCUGAGGAGGCUGGCCGCUACUACCGGGUGGUGAAGCGGCUGCUGGAAGGUGGGGCCGACGUCCGGAUAGCUGGCCGGAAGAACCAUACGCCCCUGCACAACGCCUGCAGCAACUGCCACAUCCGCAUUGUGGAGCUUCUGCUGCAGCACGGGGCACAGGUCAACGUUAGAAACUGUGCCGGCUACACACCUGUGGAUUGUGCCCUGCAAGCAGUGGAAGAUUACCUGGAGGGGCAACCUGAGAGGCUUAUAGCCACCUUGCUCGACCAUGGUGCUGCUUCUAUCAAUCCCAAGAUGCUAAAAUUUUGUGCCUUGUCACCUCAAGCUAUGGAAGUUGUUCUAAAUUCCUAUGACCGGAUCCCACCCUGUGAUUCUUGGGUGGAUUCUGUGCCUCUUGAAGUGUGGCAGGAACAUCAGGUGUUCUACGAUUCAGCCGUCUACCUGGUGAAUCAGCCCCGCCGUCUGCAACAUCUGGCCCGUUGUGCUGUGCGGAAGCAGCUGGGGCCGCAAUGCCAUCAGGGCAUUGCUCAGUUGAAACUGCCAUCUUCUCUGCAAGACUACCUACAUCUCCCACUGGAGGGCUAUCUCCAGUGAUGAGGAAUGUAUACACUGGCCUCAAGAAGAUAGAAGUCAAAAAUUCAGAAUGACAUACUUAUUUUUCCAAGUGGCCAUUUCUCCAAAUUUAUGAGAAGCUGCUCGUUAAGCACUAUUAAUAAGGUUGUGGUGAAAUGUAAAAUUGUCUGGGAAUGGUAUAUUCAGCAGCCAUCUGCUCUCUCAUCUUGAAGUGGUCAAGGAUCACCCUAGAACCUGGGGCCUGAAUGAGCACUUGGGCACCUGACACUUUAAAUCUAAAUUAUUUUAAUUAUAUUUUAACACAUUUAUAUUUAUGUCUGAAAAUGGCUGACAAUUGCCCCAUGAUGUACUGUUAGGCCCCUUCACCAUAUAAUCUUUGACUGCACUAAUACUGAUUAGUAUUAAACUGAUUAUUUCCUUUA